CUAGCCCUCGCAGCCGCAGCGGCGCGCACCCAUCUUCCUCCUCCCUGAAGACAGCGGCCUCGCCGGCGAGAGGACAGGAUGGCGACCGAGGCACCAGCUGAGACCGCGGCCUCCACGGCGCGCACGGUGAAGGACGUCAACCCCCACGCCUUCGUCAAGGCCUACUCCGCCCACCUCAAGCGCUCCGGCAAGAUGGAGCUUCCGGAGUGGGUUGACAUUGUCAAGACUGCAAGGUUCAAGGAGCUCCCACCCUAUGAUGCUGACUGGUACUACAUCAGGGCUGCCUCGAUGGCAAGGAAGAUCUACCUGAGGCAGGGUAUUGGGAUCGGUGGCUUCCAGAAGAUCUAUGGUGGACGCCAAAGGAAUGGCUCACGCCCCCCGCACUUCUGCAAGAGCAGUGGUGCUGUUUCUCGCAACAUCCUCCAGGAGUUGCAGAAGAUGGGCAUCGUGGAUGUCGACCCCAAGGGUGGAAGGCUCAUCACCUCCCAGGGAAGGCGCGAUCUUGACCAGGUUGCUGGAACCGUUCCUGCUGAAUUCUAAGCGGUUGGAAUCCCCUUGAUGCAAUCAUGUUUGGUAGUAGAAUUUGGCUACAGUUUUGAACCCUGUGUUAUGAGAGAAUUUGAAGUAGCAUGCAUCCAGUUUAUGGUACAAUGAGAUAUUGUCUGAGCGUCUAAAUUAACUUCCAGUUCUUCUGGGAUUAUCUUUUGCUUUCGAAUUCUUAUGAUGAAGUUGGAUUUUCUCCUUA